AUGGAUUUAUCGGGACUAUCGUCCAACCUUCCGUCGACAAAACCGUCUACCAUGGAGGAACUUAAUAAGGAACUAGCGAACGAGUUCAAGAACGCUGCGAAAUCGGUAGCGGCCUUGUACAACUCCACAAACACUUGCACUAAUACAACCACACCUAGCACCACUAAUAGUGGCACUGCGACGCUCAAUUUGGCCCCGGAAAGUCCAAGCACAUCGGUUUCGGCGUCCUCUGCUAAGAAAGAGUUCGCCAAUGCUGCCAAAUCUGUGACCGCUUUGUACCGGCUCACUAACAACGCCCUUAGCUUGGCUAGGCACAGAGGGUACUUGGACUGCUUGGACGAUCUCCUCCAGGUGUUGACAGACAACCAAGAUUUGGAGAACUGGGUCUUGGCGAAGAGAGCUGAGUUGUUGAACUCGAAGCAGGUGCUGGCACAGGCUGCUACUCACCCACAAGCUCAGGCUCAGGCUGAGGCUCAGACUCAGACUCAGACUCAGACUCAGGCACAAACUCAGGCACAAACUCAGGCACAGACCCUGCCAUCGUACUCCCUGGACGCGGGCACCCCUGACUUUUCAAUCCCCUUGGACUAUGACUUUUCGAUGUCUCUGGACAUCUCGCCCCACUACCAUUUCAGGCCCUCUAUGGCCCCUCUUACUGUGCUGUACUCGGCCAAGCAGCGGUCUUCCUUGUUCAAGCUGAAGCGUGAUCGCCAGAUGGCCAAGAAGCUCCAAAAGCACAACACCCUACAUUCGCAAUCUCUGGAAGAUUUGGCAUCGUCCGACGAAGAUACCGACGGCGUGACAGAGGAGGACCUGAAAGAAGACCAGAUGAAGUUGACUAACAACAUCAAGAGACGAAAGCUAGACCGAGAGAAGAAGGCGUGA